AUGUCUUCUGGAAACACUGCAUCCGCUGCUGGCCUCGUCAAUGGCGGCGAGGAAUCUGCCGCUCAGAAGCUUCUCCAGAAGCACGCCGAGACUCCCCACCACGUCACUGUGGAGGAUGCCCCGGACGAGGACGAGCCCGUCAAGCCCGCCGCCGAUUCCGCCGGCUCGCAAGCCCCGUCCAUGAGCGCAAAGGCCGCGGGCAAGCAGAAAGACAGCCAGGGUCCAAAAGCACGCCUCGACACCCAGUCGCAUGAACUCUUCCCCGAGCUCGGAGCCCCCAAGGGUAAGAGUGUCAAUGUUGCUCCCGUCUGGGGCGCCAAGAGCAAUGCCAAUGGCCCAUCCAACGGUGCUGCCUCCAAUGCCCCGGCCGCCACUCCGUCCAUGUUCAUCCCUGGCCGCAACGUCGAGUCUGUCACCCUGGAACCGCAAUUCAUCCUGCCACGUGGCCAACUGAAGCGCCCGAUUCCGGACAUUAUGAAGGACAUCAACCGCAAGUCCCGGGCCAACGUCACCAUGGCCACGGCUUCCAACGGUCGUCUCCGAUUCGAUGCUACCGGGCCCCAGGAUGUCGCUCAACAGGCGCUCAAGGACCUGGUUCAGCAAAUCGGGACAAGAACUUCUGUCAAAGUCCCCAUUCCUCACAGCGCACGAGCCCACAUCAUCGGCAAGGGUGGUUCAACCAUCAGGGCUCUCCAAGAGAAGACUGGGGCCAAGAUCCAGCUGCCCAAGGUCGAGGACAAUCCCGCUCUAGACGAGGACGACGACACUACAAUUGACGUCAUCGUCGAGGGCAAUGCUCUCUCCGCCGCCUCGGCUCGGAACGAGAUUCUCAAAAUCGCGGGAGAGCGGGCGGCCAACGUGCAGACAAAGGUCCGCGGCAUUCCCGCAGCUUUCUAUCCCUUCAUCGCUGGGCCGAGCAACUCCUUCGUGCAGACCUUGGAGGACAACAACGGCGUGCAGAUCCGCGUCCCUGCUCACCAGGCCUUUGUGCGCGCUGCGCCGCCGGUGGCUCCCGGUCCCGGUCAAAGACCCGUCUUUUCUCCCGCCGGGGCUGACGAUGACCACAUUCAACUUGCUGGAGACCGAGCCGCCGUUCAAAAGGUUCGUGCCGAGAUUGAGCGUCAGGCAGCCGAACUCCACAAGCAGCUCGAGACAGAGCAGCUGUCCAUCCAGAGAGGCCGGCAUCAGUUCAUCGUCGGCAGCCGAGGUCUCCCGGCCGAAGACUUCUUUGCCGAGACCGGCUGUGCCAUCUUGUUGCCUUCUGAUGGCGAGGACGACACGGUGACCGUGGUCGGGCCGGCUGACCGAGUACCGGCCGCUCUGGACAAGGCCAUGGAUCUGGCCAUGGGGAUGCAAAUGUCCAACAUUGAUGUUGCAAGAUUCCACCGCAACGCUCCGGGCGGAGCUGCUGCCCAUGCCGGCUAUGUCACUCGCUACCUGCGGCAUCGCAGGGAGAUUGACCGUCUCGAGAAGCUGUACAACGCGCACAUCAACACUCCGUUCUCGCCGGACGGCGCUCUGCCUUGGGAGCUGUAUUCCCGAGAGGGCAAGAACGCCAUCCGGGCGCAAUCUGAAAUCACCGGCAUCAUCAAUGGCCACCCCCCGUCACGAAUGCAGGCAAUUCCAAUUGACCCAUUCUUCCACCAACACCUGCGUAACGACAUCACGCCAAAAGUCAAACAGGACUAUGGUGUUCAGGUGGUUGUUCCCGAUACCUCGGAAGCCAACGCCCCAGUCUUGUUGGUCUACGAGGGCCCAGAACCGACUGAAGGGCUCUACCAACUUCCUCGCACCCGCCCGUCGGAUUCGGAGAUCCAGGCGUUUCAAAGGAGCCUCGAAGAUGCGCAGAAGCACAUCCUCGACCUCAUCAACAAGCAGGAAGCCAUCACCAGUGCAUCUCUGGACGUGCCCCCCAAGUUCCACGAAAGACUUCGAAGGUUCAUCAAGAAGGAACAGGAGAAGAGAUCGUCGGAUCAGAUCCCUAUCAGGUCGCUGGCUAGCAAGGCCGCGGCCUUUGUCGAGCAGGAAAAGGAGGAUGAAAAGGAACGCGGAUUCACCCUGACCUUUGACUUCCCCCAGAAGUACGCUAACCACCUCAUCGGCAAGGGAGGCAGCAACAUCAGGGAGCUCCGCGACCGCUUCGACGUCGAGAUCCAGGUCCAAGACGGGAAGGUUGAGUUGAAGGGCCCCAAGGCCAAGGCUGAAGCUGCGCGGUCUCACAUCCUCAGCCUCGGCCGCGCCCUGGCGGAUGAGACGACGCAUGUGCUCAAGAUUGACCCCAAGUAUCAUAGGGAGCUGAUUGGGGCGCAAGGCGGCCAGAUCAACCGCUUGCAGAAUCGCUACAAGGUUCUCAUCUUCUUCCCGCGAUCUGCGAAGAAUGCGGCCGACGAUCAGUCCAAUGCCGACGCGGCAAGCGAGACUGGCAAGCCCCGCCGGCAGCAGGCGCCGGACGAGGUGAUGAUCCGCGGGCCCAAGAAGGGUGCCGACGAGGCCAGGGACGAGAUCUUUUCCCUCCACAAGUACCUCGAGGAGCACUCUGUCACUGCGGCAGUCCCGGUGCAGCAGAAGCAGGUCGGAUCCCUGAUCGGCCAGGGCGGCGCUGCAUUGGACGAGCUGCGGCAGGCUACGGGUGCCAGAAUCGACGUACCCGCGGAUCGUGACACGGACAUUGUGGACAUCUUGAUCAAGGGUACUGCGUCCCAGGUCGCCAAGGCGCGCAAGGUGCUCGAGGAGAAGCGUGCCGUCUUUGACGACACCGUUGUCCAGACGAUUGACGUGGACAAGAAGCUUCACAAGGCCUUGAUUGGCCCUGGCGGCUCCAUCCUCCGGAACAUUGUGGUGGAGGCCGGCGGCUCCGACGAUCGACGCAGUCUUGCUCGUACCAUCCAAUUUCCCAAACAGGAUGCGGACGGCAAUACGAUCAAAGUUGAGGGGCGGACCGAAGUCGUGCAAAAGAUUAUCAAGCGCAUCCAAGAGAUUGUGGCCGAGCGAGGGAGCCAGGUGACGGAGGUGGUGGACGUGCCCAUUGACAACCACCGGUCUCUGAUUGGCCGCGGCGGAGACGUCAAGCGCCAGAUGGAGUCCAAGUUGACUGUGUCCAUCGACGUGCCCCGGCAGGGCGACGGCAACACCGGCGUCAAGGUGACGGGCCGACCAGAGAACGUGGCCAAGGCUAAGGAGCACAUCUUGGACAUUGUCAAGCAGCAGCAGGGUGAGACAAUGCAGAUCCCCCGCUGUGUCCACCACGCCGUGUCCAACAACGGCCAGAUCUUCCGUCAGCUUCGAAACAACUACCAGGUGACGGUGGAUCAUGCGGGCCAGAAGGUGCCGGCCAAGUCCGACUCAUCGACCAGGGCCAACGACGGAGCGCUGCCGUUGAUCACAGACGACGCCGACGCGACAGCGGAUGUGCACUCGUGGAAGGUGGUGAAGACGGCGUCAGGGGAGCAGGGCGACAUUGCCUGGGUCUUGAGGGGCACGCCCGAGAACGUGGCCAAGGCCAAGGAAACGAUCCAGAAGGCGCUGGAGCAGGCGCAGCAGAAUGACUCGACGGGCUAUCUUGUGCUUCCGGAUCCAAAGACGUAUCGCCACGUCAUUGGGCCCAACGGCUCCAAGGUCAACUCUAUCCGGCAGCAGAGCGGCUGCAAGAUCCAGGUGCCGCGGGAUCAAGCCAAGGACGAGGCAAUUGAAAUUGUGGGCAGCGAGGACGGCGUCGAGAAGGCCAAGGAUCUGGUUCUGGCGGCAGUCCGGGAGGCGCUUGACAGGGCCAAGGAGUAG